AAGCCUACCCUCUGGCUGCUGAUCAAAGAGCAGAUGAGAAGAGCAGUUUGUGUAGCACAGACACAGUACAGUGUGUAGUGGUUUGGCCGCCGUUAAUAUUCUUAAUAUGCAGAACUGUGACUUAAUAAUGUCGCACCCGGAGCCUCGUAUCAUCCAGAUUUCACGCCGUUUGUCUUUCAGUGCAAGCCAUCGUCUUCACAGCAAUUCUCUGAGCGAAGAAGAAAACAAAAGAAUAUUUGGAAAGUGCAACAACCCUAAUGGCCAUGGUCACAACUACAAAGCAAUUGUCACAGUCCGGGGAAAGAUUGACCCCAUAACUGGAAUGGUUAUGAACCUUACUGAUUUGAAACAGUACAUGGAGGAAUGCAUCACAGUUCCCCUGGACCAUAAAAAUGUGGAUAAAGAUGUGCCUUACUUCCAAAAUGUUGUUAGUACUGUGGAAAACAUAACUGUGUUUAUUUGGGAGGAGCUGCAGAAGAGGCUGCCGGCUGGGCUGCUGUAUGAGGUGUGCGUGCAUGAGACAGACUCCAACAGUGCCAUUUACCGCGGGGAAUAAAAAACAGAAAGCGACAAGUCUCAACCAAUGGAAGAUGAUGAAGAUUACCUAAUGGAGACGGCAACGGUUUCUGUUUGACUGUUAAUUGGCCUGUAUGUACAUGCAGGAAAAGAAACAACCUAUCUUCUUACCUAUCUGCUCCACUCCGUGAUGUUACUGCAUCUAUAAACAUGCUCUGUGCUGCUGUCACUUACUGAGCUUAGGGAGCCACUCACAAUAUACAGUACACAUAGAAUAGAAAUGUCACAAUAUAAGGCUGAUUAGUAAUUAAUACACAUAAUUACUACAU